AUGCCACUCGCCCCCUUUUCCCAGGGCCUCUCUUCCCUUGCCCGGCUGAAUCACAAAUGGGCAAGCCGGGUUUCGAGGGAAAAUGAGGGAUCUGGAAAACCUCUGCCGAAUCGUUUGCUGGACGUCUUUCUUCGUACAUGGGAUCUAGGCUUUACAGCCUUCGGAGGACCACCAGUACACUUCCAGAUUCUACAUAGCAGGUUCGUGGAGGGAAAGGGCGAUAAGGAAAAAUGGGUAGAUGAACAGACAUAUCAGGAACUCUUUGCUAUCUGUCAGGGUCUUCCGGGUCCCGGUAGCACGAAGAUGGUUUUCUGCCUAGCCCUAUUGCAUGCAGGAUUCAUUCCUGCCAUCCUUGUGUUUUUGCUUUGGACUCUUCCUGGCGCAAUUGGCAUGUAUGCACUCUCACUUGGGGUGCAAAAUAUGAGUGAAACUCUUCCCGAAAUUGCCUACUCCUUACUUUCUGGCCUCAACGCCUCCACAGUAGGUAUCGUUGCACUUGCGGCCGUACAGUUGUCCGAAAAAGCUAUUCGCGAUAAAUUGUCCCGUAUCCUUGUGAUCUUUGGCGCAUGUGCUGGUCUCUGUUACAAUGCGCUCUGGUACUUUCCAGUACUGAUGGUUAUCGGUGGCUUCCUCACCAGCAUCUGGGAUGGAUGGUUCUAUCAACAAUUGCUGAGAGCAAAACUCGCGUGGAAGAACAGACAUCGUCGUCCUCAACAACCGGACGAGGCAAAUGGGGACUCCAUAGCCAUGGACGAUACAACCCUGGAAGAGAAUAGAGUGCAACGGAGUGAGACGACGCGAUCACGAAGGACAGAUCCUAAAGUCGAAGAACUGCCACAGAGCACAGCUGAUACUACAAGCCCAACGCCGUCCGCUGAAGCUGAUUCACAGCACAUAAUUCGGAUUCGGGUCGGGAUUUUGAUUAUGUGUCUCUUUUUUGCUUCCUUCAUCGCAAUUCUUGUUGCCAGAGCCCAGAUCACCACACCCCCACUGGUCCUUGACCUCUUCGCCAAUAUGUACCUUGCCGGCACUGUUAUCUUUGGUGGAGGUCCUGUUGUCAUUCCCCUCUUGCGCUCCUAUGUCGUCGAUCCCGGUUGGGUCUCUAGUAGAGACUUCCUGAUCGGCCUUGCCAUUAUUCAAGCCUUCCCCGGUCCCAACUUCAACUUCGCUGUCUUCUUGGGGGCACUAGCACUACAGCGCUCGCAAUUCCCGACCGUCUUCGGCGCUUUCCUCGGCGGCUUAGGAAUCUUCCUUCCGGGAAUCACGUUGGCCGUUGCAAUCCAGAGCUUCUGGCGCGUGUUGCGGAAGAAGAAGUAUGUGGUGGACUUCCUUAGAGGGGUUAAUGCCACUGCAGUUGGGCUAGUAUUUACGGCUGUGUACCGGUUGUGGGAGAUUGGAUACCUGAGUUCUGAAAGAAGCGACGGACAGAGUCUGGGUAAGGAACCAUGGUGGGUGGUUGUUGCGGCGGUAACAUAUUCAGGGAGUGCAUGGUUCAAAGUACCCCCACCCGUGGCGAUUGUAAUGGGUGCUAUUCUAGGGUUAUGCUGGUAUGGAGCCGUGGGGCGAUAG